CCCGGGGCCCAGCCGCAGUGCGCAGUCGCGGUGCCUCCCAGCGCUCCGCCCCGCCCGCAGUAAAACGGUCGCCCGGCGAUGACGUCGCGGAGGCCUGGCCGGGCAUCGCGGACUCCGGAGAUGGAGGAAAAGGAGCAAUUACGGCGGCAGAUCCGCCUCCUGCAGGGUCUGAUUGAUGACUACAAAAGCCUCCACGGCGGUACCUCUGCCCCAGGUACCUCCGCCGCCCUGGGCACCUCCACCACUUCCCAGUGGCAGCCGCCCACUUACAACAGCAGCAGGACCUUCAGUGCUCGCUACCCUCGUCCGAGCCGGAGGGGCUUCUCCCUGAACCAUGGGCCUGCGUGGCGCAAGAAAUACUCCCUCGUGAAUCGGCCCUUGGGCUCCUCGGACCCGCCCGGUGAUGGUGCCGCGCAGCCGCCGCUCAGGGCUGGGAGCAGCCAGGGUCCUGAACCGCAGCAGUACAUCCUGGAGAGGCAGGUGCAGCUCAGUCCAGACCAGAACAUGGUCAUCAAGAUUAAACCACCAUCCAAGCUGGGCUCGGCCAGCACUGCGGGGGUCCUGCGGACCUCGGAAGAAUACGAGGACCCCGCCUGGAAUGACCACAGGCCUCAGGAAGGUGAGGGUGAGUCCUCUGGUGCGCAGCGGCAGCCCUCGAGGCAAGGAAGAGCCAAGGGGGGCUGCAGUGCGGAGGACCCCCUUCUGGUCUGCCAGAAGGAGCCUGGCAAGCCCCGGGUGGUGAAGUCAGUGAGCAGCGUGAGUGAGAACCCCUUGGAGCCCCGGCGGACGGUCAGUGAGAGUGCAGUUGCGGUCAGGGCCCGCUUCCUGCCCUCCAGCCUGCCCCAGCGAGGCGGCAUGGCCCUAGGCCGGAAGGCGGGCUCACACUCUGUGGCCAGCUGUGUUACACAGCUCCAUGGGGACGGGAGCGCGAACACCGGCCUCUCAGGCCCAUCCGCUGCCUCUGGCCAUGUGGUAGGCCCAGCUAGACCUGCUGUUGGACCCAGGCAGACCAGGGAGCCCUCGAUGCUGGUGUCCUGUCGAACCAACAAGUUUCGGAAAAACAACUACAAGUGGGUGGCUGCCUCGGCAAAGAGUCCUCGGGCCUCUCGGCGGGCCCUCAGUCCCAGGGCAGCGGCGGAGAACGUGUGCAAGGCCCCCUUUGCUGCAGCGGAACGAACAGAGAAGCCUCAGCUCAAAGCCGACCCAGACGCCAAGCCCAGGAGGUCUGCCGUGUCCUCCGUGCCUGGGGCCUCCCCCAGCAAGUACAAGUGGAAGGCCUCCAGCCCCUCGGCCUCCUCGGCCUCCUCCUUCCGUUGGCAGUCAGAGGUUGGCAGCAAGGACCGUGCCUCCCAGCUCUCCCCCGUCCCUUCUAGGUCCCCCCCGGCGGACAGACGAGCAGUGGAACCCAGCAGCUUGCAGCCUGUCUUCAGUGAGACUCCGCUCUCGGCUUACAAAGUGAAGAGCCGCACCAAGAUCAUCCGGAGGCGGGGCAGUGCCAGCCUUCCUGCAGAUAAGAAGAGCAGCCCCCCACCUGCUGCCAUGGCUAAGAGUCAGUUCAGCCUGCGGCGGAAGCAGGCCCUCCGGGGGAAGAGCAGCCCCGUUACGAAGAAGACACCCAACAAGGGGCUGAUGCCGGUCACCAAGCCCCGGCCGUGCUGCCUGCCUCCUGGCCGUGCCUACGUCCCCUCCAAGGAAGCCUCCAGCCUGCAUGGCCAGCGGCCCCCUCCCACCAGCAAAGUGAUCAAGACGCGCUACCGCAUCGUCAAGAAGACCCCGACCUCACCUCUUAGCACCGCCCCCGGCCCCCCAGCCCUGCCCUCCUGGCGGGCGCGGCGGCUCUCCCUGUCCAGCUCGUUUCCAAAGGCUGUCCUCUCCAUUAGGGUAACAAUUUACUGGAGUGCCGUGACACCCACAGCAGUGAAAGGCUACGAGCGUUUGGGGUCCCUGGCGCUGAACACCCUGCGUCCCGCCGUGGGUGGGAGAGCCCAGACCGGCUCCCCUCGGUGGCGGAGCAAAGGCUACCGCUGCAUCGGGGGCGUCCUCUACAAGGUGUCGGCCAACAAGCUCUCCAAGACCUGCAGCCGGCCCGGCGGGGACGGGGGCGGCAGGCCCCUGCUGCGCACAGGCCGCUUGGACCCUGCCGGCAGCUGCAGCCGCUCCCUGGCCAGCCGGGCCGUGCAGCGCAGCCUGGCCAUCGUGCGGCAGGCGCGGCAGCGGCGGAGGCGGCGGAAGGAGGAGUACUGCAUGUACUACAACCGCUUCGGCCGGUGCAACCGUGGCGAGCGCUGCCCCUACGUCCACGACCCCGAGAAGGUGGCCGUGUGCACCAGGUUUGUCCGGGGAACCUGCAAGAAGACGGACGGGACCUGCCCCUUCUCCCACCACGUCUCCAAGGAGAAGAUGCCUGUCUGCUCCUACUUCCUGAAGGGCAUUUGCAGCAACAGCAGCUGCCCCUACAGCCACGUGUACGUGUCCCGCAAGGCGGAGGUCUGCACCGACUUCCUGAAAGGCUACUGCCCUCUGGGCGCCAAGUGCAAGAAGAAGCACACGCUGCUGUGCCCCGACUUCUCCCGCCGGGGCAUGUGCCCCCGCGGUGCCCAGUGCCAGCUGCUCCACCGCAACCCGAAGCGCCUGGGCCGGCGAGCAGCCACCCCCACGGCCCCGGAGCCCGGCAACACGCCGCCCAGGAGCAGGGCUUCCACCAGCCGCGGGCCCAGGAAGCCCUCGGCCGCCCUGCGCCCCGCCAGACGGACGUCCAGCCCCCCCAGCUCCAUGGCUGCUGGCUCGACCUCGCCCCCCUCCUCCCCACGGGUGUUAGCUGCGGCCUCCCCCUCCCCCUCCUCCCCCUCCUCCUCCUCUUCCCCCUCCCCCUCCUCUCCCUGCCCCGCCUCCGCCUCCCCGUCCUUGGAGCCAGAGGAGCUGUGUCUGCAGGCGGCUGCGGCCUCAGCGGGAGCUGGCUCCAGCGGCCUCUCCAAGCUGCCCUCCUUCAUCGCCCUGCAGUCCUCGCCCAGCCCUGGAGGCCAGCCCGGGGCCCAGGCCCCCAGGAGCGCCUCCUCCAAGGACUCAGGGAAGUCGCUGCACAUCAAGCCGCGUCUGUGAGGGUCCAGGGGGCCAGCCCGCGCCUACCUCAGCCCCAUCCCGAGAGGAAGGAGGCUCCGCCCGCCACCGCCCCGGACGAGGGGCCGCCUGCCACGGAGCGCCCCCAGGGGUGGCAGGGCUCUCCCCCUGCCCGCCUG